AUUAUCUCAAUCGAUUAGACAAGUGUAGAUCUACGUAUCCCUAAUGUGAGAAAAAAGCAUAAAAAAUCGAGACUAAACCAAGUUUUUUCAUGUCGAAAAUCUAAUUAAAUAUUUCGGAUAAUUAUUUCAUUUCAACGCGUCGAGACUACAAAGAAAUUUGUCAGUGAAAUUGUGUUGUAAUUAAACGGCAGUCCGUUGCAUUUGCAACUUGCAGAUUUUUUUCUCUCUCUGGGUACAACGAAGACGAAGAAACGCAGACAAGAAACGAUAAAAACGAUACCAAAAUUGAAUCUGGACAGACGUAAAAGAUGGCGACCCGUACAAGUCGCAUACAACAAUCGAAAAACAUAAGUUCUAUAUUUUCCAAGCUCCAUGCCUCAUUCUCGGAGGCAUGUGGACCCCAACGCUUGUCCACGGACAAGAAGACGCUGGAGAAAACAUGGAAAUUAAUGGACAAGGUAGUGAAAUUGUGCCAGCAGCCCAAAAUGAAUCUGAAGAACAGUCCACCCUUCAUACUGGACAUUCUGCCCGAUACGUAUCAACGACUGCGUCUGAUCUACUCCAAGAACGAGGACCAGAUGCAUGUGCUACACAACAACGAGCACUUCAAUGUGUUCAUCAACAAUCUGAUGCGAAAGUGCAAGCAGGCCAUUAAGCUGUUCAAGGAGGGGAAGGAGAAAAUGUUUGACGAGAACUCACACUAUCGUCGCAAUCUGACCAAACUCAGUUUGGUCUUUUCACAUAUGUUGAGCGAAUUGAAGGCUAUCUUCCCCAAUGGAGUCUUUGCCGGCGAUCAGUUUCGAAUUACAAAAGCAGAUGCAGCGGAGUUUUGGAAAUCAAACUUUGGCAAUAGUACUCUGGUGCCUUGGAAGAUAUUUCGACAGGAAUUGAAUAAAGUACAUCCCAUAUCGUCGGGCUUAGAAGCAAUGGCCUUGAAAACGACCAUCGAUCUGACAUGCAACGAUUAUAUUUCAAAUUUUGAAUUUGAUGUGUUUUCGCGACUCUUCCAACCCUGGGCCACCCUGCUGAGAAAUUGGCAAAUUCUGGCCGUAACACAUCCCGGAUACGUGGCAUUUCUUACAUACGAUGAAGUCAAAGCUCGCCUACAACGUUACAUACACAAGGCCGGAAGUUAUGUUUUUAGAUUGUCGUGCACACGAUUAGGCCAGUGGGCCAUUGGUUAUGUUACUGCUGAUGGUGAGAUCCUACAAACAAUACCACAAAAUAAAUCACUUUGUCAAGCGCUACUGGAUGGUCAUAGAGAGGGCUUUUAUUUGUAUCCCGAUGGCAAGGCCUAUAAUCCAGAUUUGUCUUCAGCUGUACAGAGUCCAACUGAAGACCAUAUUACAGUAACCCAAGAGCAAUAUGAACUUUACUGUGAAAUGGGAAGUACUUUCCAACUAUGUAAGAUAUGUGCAGAAAAUGACAAAGACAUACGAAUUGAACCUUGCGGCCACUUGUUGUGCACACCAUGUUUAACAUCGUGGCAGGUGGAUUCAGAAGGACAGGGUUGUCCAUUCUGUCGUGCUGAAAUCAAAGGUACAGAACAAAUUGUCGUGGACGCCUUCGAUCCGCGUAAACAACACAAUCGCAGUACCACCAAUGGACGCCAUCAGACAAACGAUGAUGACGACACUGAGGAUACUGGAGAUUUUAAUAUAGCUACAUCAUCAUUACAUGCUCUAAGCAACAAUAUGACCUCAUCAACACAUUCCUCGGACAAGCAUAGUCCACAUACAUCGCCGCGUUUUUCGCGGCGCAGUACCACGCCCAGCUUGAUGGCAGUACAAAAUGAUUUAUAUGCCGGACAUAUACCUACAUUGUCAUUGGCCGCUCAGCAGCAGCAGCAGCAACAACAACAGUCGGCAAGUGCUAACUAUAUAAGUGCAGCAACAGUAUUAUCAGGUGGCCUGGGUGGUCAUCAGCCGUCGGUCCCAUCGGCCCCACCCAUGAGUGUGGUAAAUGGUACGGUGGCCAGCAACUCAUCAUCGGCAACAGGAGCAGCAGCAGGAGCAACCUCAUCUUCAGCAUCUGCCUCGUCGGCAAUUGUGGUGGCCUCACAAAAAUCCACAAAUCGCAUGAGUGCCCCCCUAAUGGGCACCAAUGCCGUUAUCGUUGGCGGCUAUGGCAAUAAGAUAUCCAACAAGUCGGACAUCAGCAAUGACAAUUCCAACUCCUCAUAUGCCAUAUUGCAAAAUCUCCAAGAAUCCCAGGCAAUUGUCUGCAAGGAGGCCCAGAAACGUGAGGCCAACUCAGCUGCCUUGGCAGCCACAGCCUCGGCCCCUUCAUCAGCACCCCCUUUGCCGCCAAGGAAAUCAUCACCAGGAGCCGACAAUGCUGUGACCAGCCCUACAAAUGGUCCCACAAAUGGAGGAGCCAUACAAAAGGCAACCCUGCCCCAAACUAGCAAAAGUGUGGACAACAUUGCAGCUACACUGGGUGAGAUUUGUGUACCCAAGACCACAGCACCACCCAUACCGCCACACAACAGUAGUCAUGUGGACACCUUGGUUGAGGAGAUGAGGUCACAACGCCUGGCCGGAACAACACCACUCAUUUCAACGACACUGUCCACAACGGCCACCACAAAUAUGAGUCUACUCGAUGAUGAUAUUGUGGGACCAGCUGAGACAAUUAUGGGUGUCAUUGAUACACGGCCCUUGGAGGCGAGGUCAACAAUAAUUGGCAACUAUAACCAGAUAACCACCAGCAAUGGCAGCAGCAGCAGCACCACCACCACUUCGUCAUCAUCAUCCUCUUCGGCAGCAGCUAACUCUUCCAAUUGCAACAACAACAUACGCAAUGAUGUGAAAAUCUCAAGCAAUGAUCGUUCCGCCAGCCUGGAAACGAAAACCCCCAAUCUCCAUCACAACCACCAUCAUCAUCAGCCUUUACUUUACGAAAAUAUCUCCAUCAAUCAAAAGGUGGUGGGGGCGGGCGAUUGCACUGUGCCCUAUGAGAACAUCAACCUGGAGUACAUAGCUCGCCUCAUGAACGAGGGCUAUUCGAAGGAGAACGCCAUUACGGCCUUGGGUAUAUCACGGAAUAAUAUUGAAAUGGCUUGUGAUAUUCUGCGAGAAUUUGUUGCAAAAAAUAGUGUUUAAGUGAGAGAAUCAUUCAUUUUCUUUUUCCAUUUCCUUUUUGGGAAAUUCCCUAAAGAAAAAAAAAAAGAAGAAGCAAAAGUAGAAUACAAAAAAAGAAAAGAAAAACACACAAAAAAAAAACAAAGAAAUAUCUACAAACUUAAGAUGAAACAAUAAGAAACAAGCGACUAUUGUUUAUUCAAAAUUUAUAUAUUUUUUGUAAAUCCCAAAAGGACUUUUAUUUAGUCCUUGAACAAUGCAAAACCUAACCUAAGUGACACUGUGCUACCCUACCCAAAGAAAAAAUUGGUAAAAUUAUUAUUAUGGACUUUAAAGCGACUACAAAAUAGUGAGGUUAUGUUGAACGAAUUUUUUUAGGAAUGAUAUUGGAAAUUAGAAAACAAAAGCAAGCAUGUCUUUCUAAAACCAUA